AUUCUCUCUCUUCUUCCAAGACAUAGACAAUGUCUGUCAAGGUGGUUGUAUUUGUUGCCUUAGUGGCAGGUGCUCUUGCUGACUCCAGCCCCAGAUACAGUCCUCCUACUCCUUCCUACAAUCCUCCUGCACCUACAUACAACGCCCCUGCGCCCGCUCCUUCGGGACCUGCCCAGUACGACUUCAACUAUGCUGUGAAGGACGACUACUCUGGAAACGACUUCGGUCAUCAAGAAAGCCGAAACGGAUACGACACUCAGGGUACCUACUACGUCCAGCUUCCCGAUGGUCGUCUGCAGACGGUGACUUACACCGUGAACGGCGACUCUGGUUACGUAGCUGAAGUUUCUUACCAAGGAGAAACCCAGUACCCAGCCCAGCAACCUUCUAGAUCUUACCAACCAGCUCCUUCUCCAUCCUACCAGCCAGCUCCCGCCCCGUCCUAUGAGCCCGCUCUCACUCCUGCCUACGGCUAAUGUUUUUAUAACUGAUAAUUUAUAUCAGAUCCUUUAAAAGAUAUGCGUAUGCCUGUAAAUAAACUAUUAUUAUAAUA